AUGACUGAUUCAAUUCUAAAAUUUCCUACAAUAAAAACAUUAAAAAAUACUGUUGGUAAACAACGUCGACUAAUUAGACCACCAUUACCAAAAUCUAUCAAAGAUUUACCUUCUCAAAUACCAAUACUAUAUACACUCACUAAAAAUAAUGCAAAUUUCCUUUUAUUUGAUGGGUGUUUAGGUGGAAAAAGAGGUUUGAUAUUCGCAUCUGAAGAUGAUAUUAAAUAUUUGGCAUAUCAAAAAUUUUGGUAUGCUGAUGGAACGUUUUACACAUCCCCCUCAAUCUUUUAUCAGAUCUAUAGUAUACGCGCCUUCGAUGAAGGAUUAUCAACUCCAUUUGUGUAUGCACUUCUUAGUGAUAAAUCAGAAGCAACAUACUAUGAUUUAUUUUCAACAUUGAUGAAGAAAAUAAUCGAAAUAUCAAAUAUGAUUCGACUUGAAUCUAUUACCAUUGAUUUUGAACUUGCCGUAAAAAAUACAUUUUGUAAACAUUUUCCACAUGUUACAGUAAAAGGAUGUCUUUUUCAUUAUGGAAAAGCACUUUUCCGAAAUCUCGUCAAUUUAAAUUUAAAAACACUAUUCCAACACGAUGAAUCUUUACGUGACUGGUUUAGAAGCUUUGCUGCAAUUGCACUUUUACCAGAAACAGAUAUGGACGAGGCAAGUCAAUAUUUACAGUCAAAAAAGCCAUUAUUAUAUGAAAAAGAGAUUGAUUUAUUUUUGCAAUAUCAUGAUAAAACGUAUGGUAUUAAUAGUAGUUUUCCACCAACAAUGUAUAAUCACUAUCAAAAUCUUAAUCCGCGUGCAAUAAAUUAUCUUGAAGGACGUCAUAAUAGAUGGAAAAAAAGAGCUACGAAACCUCAUAAUGACAUUUAUGUAUGUAUCGAUAUGUUUAAACAUGAACAACUGUUAGCUGC